CAUGGCGGUGGAUAGGGUAAACACAAACUCAGCCUGGAUUUUUUAAAGACAAAACGAGGUUCCUGUAGAUAGCCAAUGCACAUGGAAAAGGAACUUAAAAUGGAAGAUACCUGGAAAACACGGGACUUAGAGAAGCACCUCAGGGGAGGAGUGUAUGAUGAAGACAACAUCAGGAAGAAAGACAGAAGGAGAAGAGAUGAAGAUGGAAGGAAAGGCAGAAGUGGCGAGUCAGUGGAGCGGCGGCACAGGGAUCGAGACAGCGAGGCAUAUAGGGAGAGGGACAAAUACAGAGAGAGAGACAGCACUCGGGAGAGAACAAAGCACAGAGAUUCGGAUAAGGACAGAGAUCAUGACAGACGCAGAGAAGGCACAAGGGAAAGAACCAUGGACAGUGGCGAGAGAGAUAGAGAAAGAAGAAGAGAGAGAGAGAGAGCAGGGGACAGCAGUAGGGACUGGGACAUCGAUCGAGGGAGCCGGGAUAGACGACAUGAAAGAGCAGAAAAGGAAAACAGAGAAAGGGAAAGGGAAAGAGAGAAAAGAAGAGCUGAGCGAGACCAGGAGCGAGGGACUGACAGGGAUAGAAGGAGAGAAGAGGGAAGAGAGGGAGAACGAGAGAGGGACAGGGAAAGAGCCAGAGAGAGGGAGAAGGACCGAGACAGAGAAAAAGAGCGUGAUUAUGAGAGGAGGAGAGAUAAAGACAGGCACAGGGAGAGGGAGCAAGGCCACAGCAGUAAGCAUCUCAAAGAAACUGACCGCUACAAUGAUGGACUGCGAGAAGAGUACUUGGAAUCAAAGAGAGAAAAAGAAAGAAGAGAGAGACACAGUGACAGAGAGUAUUAUAGACAAAAAGAAGACAAAGAAUACCGGGAACACCGUAGAAGAGAAAAAGAAGAAAGAGAAAGGAGACACAGAGAGCGAGAAGAACAUCACCCCGGAGAGAGCCGCAGGCAUGACGGGAAGCCUCAAGACUCAGAGCGAGAACACAGACAUAGGGAGCACAAGGAGUCUGAGCAUCACCUCUCCGGUGAGGUAGAGAGCAGGGAAAGGAGAUCACACAGCAAGCCGAGGGAGAGGAGGCACCGAGAGGAAGGGGACCUGGAGAACGGUCCAGCUGAAGUGACCUCUGCUAACAUUUUGCGCUUGGGCAGAGACAGGGAAGGAAGAGAGACCAAAGAAAAAAAGGUUGAGAAUGAAGAGGAUGAGACUGAGAAACCUGCUGCUGAGGAUCAUAGGGAUGAGGAAGGAGCUGAUGACUAUGAGGAGGAUUUUGAGGAUUAUGAGGAGGAUUUCGAAGAGCUGGAUGAGAGUGAUGGAGCGGGGGAUGACAAGGAGGAUGGGGCCGAAGAAGAGAAGAAGGAGGAAGAGUUGUCCCCGCAGAAGAGAAGGGAAAUCGAGGAAAUCCGGCGAGCCAUGGACGCUGAAAAUGAAAGAGUGGGCUCUGGGGAGCGGUGGCGUGGUGUGGAGGAGGUUGAAGUGUCCAAAAGAGAUCAUGUCCACCGUGCACAUUCUGGUGUUUCUCCGAGUAAAAGCAUUCAGCAUGGGAAGUUUAUUGACUUUGUGGCAGCAAAGCAGCGGGAGGUCAGCAAGAAAGCAUCCAGCAAGCAGAAAAAACGCAGUGCAGAGUUGCUCAGACUGAUCGAUCUAGACUUCUCUGUCAGUUUCUCCUUGCUGGAUUUGCCUCCAGUGAAUGAAUAUGACAUGUACAUUAAAAAUUUUGGGACAACAAACACUAAACAGGCAUAUGUCCAGUGUAAUGAAGAUAAUACCGACAGAGAAACUCAAACAGAGGAGAUUGAGGAGAGUGAUAAAUGGACACAGCAUCCUGGAGACAGCAAUGUAGUCUGUGGAGGUCCUAAACUCACUAAUGAGGCCUCAGUUGAAUCCAUGACCAAAAUGAGCUUUGACUCUCAACGACUGGCAGCAUUUUUGCACUCAGCUUCUCAGGUGGUGGCAGUCCUAUUAGAAGAAGACAGAGCUGAAAAGCAUUCACUGAGGCAGCUGAAAUCUCAAGUAGAUAGUUUGUCAUUCAGCGACGGAUGCUUAGAGCUCAAUACUAAGUUGCCCUUUCUGCAUGGUCGAGAGGUCAGCUUGAUCAGCUUCUCACAGGUACAGAGGCAGACCAUGCUGUCCGUGCACAGUCCCACCACCAAGCCCAGUGCGGUCCGCUUGGACAGCCAGACCAUCCUUUGCAUCUGGAACAUAUGGGAGCCAUCUUGUCCUCAGAAAGUCCUUGUCUACGAAUCUGAGGUUCUCUGCUGCUGUUUCAGCCCUGGUAAGGCCACGCUGGUGUUCGCAGGUACUGCUGUGGGCUCUGUGGUUGUCUGGGACCUGCGAGAGCACUCCAGUUUACACUACACUCUAAAAAUAGGAGACCAUGACUGGACCCUCCGCUACCCCACCUUCUCCACAGAUGCUGUUCUGGCAGCUUCAAGUCAUUUUUCCUCUGUGAGGUCAGUGGAACCUGUCCCUGCUAAUGUGACUGAGGGGCUAAGACCUGAGUUCUCUCUGUUGCCAGCACAUGAAGGGGUAUCAGGAUUGUCAUUCCAGUUAGCAUCCCUUGAUGAAAGUGGAGUGUUAAAUCUGUGGGUUGUUGUGGAACUUCCAAAAGCUAACCAAGCUGGUUCACAGACUGACCUAGGUCUAAAACCGGGGGGCAAAGUUAAGCUGCUUCACAGUUCAUCCAUUACUACCAAUGAGAGACUUUCAAAGAGAGAAGCUGUGAAAACAGUCCCUCUGAGGGCACUGCUGUUAAAGUUCCUCCCCUCUGACUCCAACCAUUUCUUCAUUGGCACUGACAUGGGUGUAGUAACUCAUGGGACCAGGCAUGGGCUGAACAUUCCUCCCAAGUUCUACAGGCCACAGCUGGCUGGGCUCAGGCCUGUACAUGUCACUUCGGUCGACAUCUCUCCAUUUGGAGAACCCGUGUUCCUGGUCGGAUGCGCGGAUGGGAGUGUCAGAAUGCACUCAUUGAGGAAGGAACAGCCCCUCAUGGAGUGGACCGGAAGCACAAAUGGAGAGCCAGUUGUCUCUGUCCAGUGGGCCCUGACCAGGCCGGCCAUGUUCUGUGUCCUAGAUGCUACGUCUAACAUUCACAUAUGGGAUUUACUGGAAAAGGACUAUGAACCCAUGACGACUGAAAAGAUCCGGUCUGAUAGAGUGACUGCCAUGGCUGUUUUCGGUGACCCAGCCAAGCAGAACAUGUUCUCAGGAAUAUCACUGGCCGUGCAAUCUGGGAAAAUUGAAAUGCAGUAUUUCAAUAAGAAGUGGGCAGUGCCUACCCCUGCAGAGUUAGAAAACCUACAAAACAUGCUGCAUGAGGCUUUUUGA